AGUUCUUAUUAUUUUUGUAGAAUGAACUGUUCCAUUUAAAAACCUUUAUUUGCUUAAAUGCCGAAUGAAAAUAGUUGCAAAUUGUGCCUGGUGGACCAGGCUCUUGAGUUCGACCUGGAGAAGUCUUCGUAUAAGUCUGUAAGCAACCUACUACAAAGGCUCUUCGACUGCUACAACAUAGAUGUCUCCAUCCUGGGAGAGAGCCCUUGCCUUUGCAAAAAGUGUUUCGAAGGGGUUCUACAAAUAAGCCAACAACUUGAGAAAUGGAGCAAUGCCCAGAAGGUCCUGCAGAAGACCGCCCUGGACAUUGCUGUCAAAAGGGAACCAACAUCUUCAUUAUGGGAUGCAAUUGAUGAUGCAGAAUUCAUAGCGGAGGACGAAACUCUCAAAUCGAACGAAUUUGAAUUUCUCAACAAGAAAGAACCACAAUCAGAAGACUAUACAUUUCUCGACGAGGAAGACUUGGCAUUCUUCAAUAUGGACGUAGAAUUUCUCAAGGUGGAAGAACCCCAAACAGAGGACGUUGAACAUCAGGCUGAGGACGUGUCUGCCAAAGUUUAUGAGGAACUAUUUGGAAUCGAGGAGAUUCAAAAUAAAUCUACAGACUCUUUGAAUUGGAGGAUGACUCCGCACCAAUUCUUUUCCGUUUGCCUGGAACCAGAUGGCUUGGCAAUAGCCGUAUUGUUCAAGGAUAAGACUCCACAGAGGAGCAUUCGUAUGUUGUGCACCUGCUGCAACCAGGUGUUUCCUACUGUGUCCAAAAUCAGGAAACACAGUUUGGUGAGCCGUGCACAUCCAGAGUAUUAGUGCCG